AUGUCUUCGGGGUUCUAUCAUUUGUAUUUCAUUAGGGACGCUGUCACCCCUCUUCAAAAUUUGGCAUUCGAUGCUGUUACUAGUUACGAAAAUCUUCGGCCAGUUUGGAUAGAUGGAGAAGAUGCAAUUGAAAGAUUCAAGGAUUCGUCUCCAAACAAUUGUUGUUUUGUAUUGGGGAAAUUUGUCGGAACAGUGUACGAACACUUCAGAGAUUUGCGCUCCUCCGUGUUUGGCCCACAGGUUUUGCUGAACUAUCUGCGUGAAGAGAGACCUCUUCCCAACGUUUCCCAUCCGCUUUUUUCAACCGCUUUGCGGAAUGCGAACGUCACUGUCACUUCGAUUACUGGUCAACAACGGGAGCGCCUUUUUUCGUCUAUCGAAAUGCUUCAUGGAGUCGCCUCUAGGAAUUUAACUGACGAAGUAAAUGUGGUCAUCGCUCCUAAAGUCGGUUCAAAAAAGUACGUUGUUGGAGCAAGUCGUGGUCUUCAUAUCCUAACACCGGAGUGGAUCGACGAAGCUUGGAAGCUUUCAGAAACUGUGGAUCCUAUUGACAUGUUACAGUGCAGUCUGCUGUCAAGGUUCAAGCUGCCCAUAUUUGCUCAACUGGUCAUCUGUGUAUCCGGACUUACACCUGAGGAAAGAAGGGAGGUGGCCGAUAUUGUUAAAAACAAUGGUGGAGUGUAUUCAGGCGAGAUGAAAAUUGGUUUGACAACCCAUCUCCUUGUCAAGCGUGCUGGUGGUUUGAAAUACAAUUUCGCAAAGAAAUGGAAAGUUCGGGUUGUUUCUGUGCGCUGGCUAUCAGAUUCCAUUCGGAAGGGCUACGCCUUAGAAGAAACUGACUACUACAUUCGGGAAGGCAAAGAAGAACAUCCAAAAUGCCACUCUUCCACACCCACCUCGUCGAUUUACGUCAGCGAUCCCAGUGUUUUAGGUGAUCUUUCUUCCAUUGCCGAUCCAAAUGUCGAACUGGAUGAGACACGUUUCAGUUGUCUGAAAGAUCUUACAAACGGCGCUUUUCCUUCUAAGUCAUCCAAAAAAUCAUUCCUUACGGGUUGUAUUAUUUUCCUCUACGGAUGCGAUCCUUCUGAGUCUGAAAAGCUUGCCAAAAUCAUUGAAAUCAGUGGUGGUAUUUUGUGUAUCGACGCCUCUGAGAAGGUCACUGGUUCUGUGACGCACGUCGUUUUUGGAACCAAUUCUAAGCCCAUUUCGUCCUCCGAUCUGGAAACUGAAGUAUUUUACGUAACUCGUGAUUGGCUUGAACAGUCUUUCGAACAAAAUAAACGUCUCCCCGAGAAAGACUUCCAGCCCCCUUUACGUGAUAAAAGCGAGUCAUCGGAUCAAAGCUCUGACGACAAACAUUCUGGUGUUCCAGUAGACACUGAAGAAAUUCAGUUAAUCAAUCAAUACUUCAAAAACGAUGAACUUUGUGAUAUGGACGACUUUCGCUCUGUUGACAACAAUCUUGAAGAUCAGGCAUUUCAAGCUGAUGCUGAGGAGACAAAAUUGGUCACACUUAAACAAUCAGAAAUACAUGGCCAACAGGAAGUUAUCCCACCAGAUGCCGGUCUAUUUUCUCAUCUUAUUUUCAAGCUCGACAUCAAUUUUUCACUUACCGCACAUCCCUUCCUUUCCGAAGCUAUCACAGAUGAAGGUGGUAGUGUUGUUAACGAUUCAUCAGUGGUUGCAGACUACAUCAUCUGCUCAUACAUUCUGCGUCAGCCAACCACUUCUAACAUGAUAACUCCUUAUUGGAUUAACUGCUGUGUCACCGCCAAAACUCUCCUCAUUUCCGAACUUGACACUCAGGUUGGUUUCCGUCCUAUCCAUAUUCCCGCCUCCGUCACUCUACCCUUGGCCGGAUGCGUAAUAUCUCUCAGCGGUUUCGCCGGCAAUGAUCGCGCUUUUCUCACCGACCUAGCUCGCGGACUUGGUGCCGUGGUGCAGGAGUGCUUCCUUCGUAAAGCCGUUCCUUCAAAGGAUCUCAUAGCGAACACUCAUCUUGUAGCAGCCCGACCCGAUGGACGGAAGUGGCCUGCGUCGAAGCAAUGGGGUUUACCUGCCGUCUCAUGCAGUUGGCUGUACGCCUGUGCUACUACAGGGCGGCGUGCAGCAGAGACGGAACAUCCAGUUUUAGAGGAGGAUCCAAUGGUACCAAGGGAUUGGUCUAAGGUCGGCCGGUCACUCUCCUUCAUCGACAAGGUGACUCCAAACUCGACGCUCCAGUCGAUUAAAGGACAGCAGUUAAAGACGCCAAGGUGGGUGGGAGCCGGCGAUCAGAUGCGGACUCCAUCGUCGGGGUCUUUAGAUAUACUACAUGUCUCCCCACCGAUGUCGGAGCAAGUAACGCGGUGUCUGAAAACUGUUCUCUCGAAAACAAGCAUGCUGCCGAAGAGAAAUCUCGCAGAGACGGACUUCAAGGAGGCGGCGCAGAGUGGUGGAGUCCUCGAGGGUGUAGUUAUUUGUGUUGCGAAAUCUCUCAGUGAUCGCCAAGUCGCGCUAAAUGAACUCGUUAAGCAGUUGGGUGGCGAUUUCAGGUGGAAUUUUGAUGCCAAGGUCUGUACCCACAUGCUUGCUUGUCCGAACAAUUGUAUUCUGCCUGCCGCAUCUCCGAUGCCAGGAGUCGAGGCGGCUGCAGGCCAACCACCUUCGAGUCGCCUAGAUCCAGAUGUUCGAAGCGCCUUGGAGGCAUCCCAUGUAAAGGUGGUGGUGCCCCAGUGGCUCCAUGAUUGUCGGCGCCUUGGGAAACGCAUUCCCGAAGCGGAUUACGCUUUCUCCAUUGACAUGGGUAAGGCGCAGUUUUGUUUUCCAUUGGAACUUCUUUCUCACCUGCUCCUCUGUCAAAUUGUGCAACAGGCCAGCGAUCUUGACAAAACCAUUGACGAAACGCCGAAGAUAGUUGGCCAACCCCAGGAAGCUGUGGAGUUUAGUUUGAUUAUUCGACGUUAG